GGGGCGGGUCUCCCCGCGCCCGCCCCCGCGCGGGGCUGCAGCGGGCAGCGCGGGGCGCCGCAGCCUGCGGGCGGCCACCGCCGCCCCGGAGCCGGGGGCGCCGCGCGGGGCCAUGGAGGAGCCGCCGCCCGCCUGAUCCCCGAGGCACCGAGACAAAGCGCCCGCCCGGCUGAGCCAUGGUGGAGCCGCCGGCCGAGCCUCCCCCGCCGCCCUGCCCGGCGCCCGGGGGGGGAGCGGCGGCGGCGGAGGGGGAGCCCGCGCGUCCCGGGGAGCAAUCGCCGCUGCUGCACCUGGACCUGUACAACUUCGACUGCGCGGCAGCCGAGGGCAGCCGGUACGUGCUGACCAGCCCGCGAUCGCUCGAAGCCUGCGCCCGCUGCGCCGUGCGCCCCGUGGAGCUGCUGCCGCGGGCGCUGGCCGAGCUGCUGCGCGAAGCCCCCGGGCGCUCCAUGCGGGUGGCGGCCGGGCUCUACGAGGCCUACGAGCGGGAGAGGCGCCGCAAGCUGCAGCAGUGCCGGGAGGAAAGGGAGAGGAUCAUCCGUGAGGAGAAGAGAAGGAUCCUGGCGCCGCUGGGCAGCCGCCCGCCCUCGCCCGCCGCCCGCGGGCAGCGGCCCCAGGGCGCGGGCAGAGCCAAGGGCAAGAGCCACUCGCUGGACUCGCUGCAGAAGCGCCGCGAGGGCAGCUGGGGCAAGACCUCCUCGGAAUCGGGGGCUUCGUCCUCUUACAGUGGGGAGAGCCUGCGGGAGCGCGGGGGCAAAGCGGGCGGCCGAGGCCGUGGGGGAGUCCCCGCCGCCGCCAACGCGUCCCUGCUGGGGCGCAGCUUCAGCCUGGGCGACCUCAGCCACUCGCCGCAGACCGCCCAGAGAGUGGAGAGGAUCGUCAGGGAGGUGAAGAGGAGGAAAGGGCUCUCGGAGGUGCCCGAGAGGGACAAGAAGAUCGCGGCGCUGAUGAUCGCCAAGCACCAGGAGGCCAACCUGCUGCGGGAGCAGCGGCAGGCGGCCCACCUGCAGUGGGACAGCCAGCGGCGUCUAGCGGAGCAGCGAAAGGAGCGGGAGGAGAAGGAGAAGCAGAGGGCCCUCGUGCAGGGCCAGCGGAUGUGGGAGAGCCAGGUGGAGAAGCGUCGCGGGAGGCUGAGCCAGGAGCAGGAGGAGGCCGCCCUGCUGAAGCAGAGGCAACGCCUGGUGUGCGAGGAGAGGUGGCGGGAGCAAGCGGAGAAGCAGGAGCGGCUGCGGAGGGAGAGGCUGGAGAGGGCCAUCCAGGAGGACAAGCAGAAGAAGCUCCAUCAAGAGCACAGCCUGAAGGUGAAGGAGGAGGGCAAGAGGGAGCUCCGGGAGCGAGAAGAGCAGCUCCUGCAAGAGAAGCUGUCCAUGGCUGCACAGAAGAGGCUGAAGAAGGAGGUGCAGCUGCAGAAGGAGAAGAAGCUGCUCAACCAAGCCGAGAAGCUGAAACACGAGGCCUUGGUCAAGGAACUGGCCAAGCAAGAGGCAGAAGAGAAGGAGAUGCUGAAGGCCUCCCUGGAGAUGAGUUUGACCAAAGCCCAGGAGAACUACGAGCAGCUAAUAGAGAAGAGGAACCAGGAGCUGAGAGAGAAGGCCAGGCGGGAGGACAUGCAGAUCCAGAGAGCCAAACUGGCAGCAGAGAAGAAGGAAAGAGAGCAGAAGGAGCACUUGGAGGCCCUGGCUAGAGAGACAGAGAGAAAGCUCCAGCAUGCUGCCCAGGUGGCCGAAGAGGCUGUCCAAGAAAAAGCCCGCAAGGUGGUCUUGAGCCGUCUGGAGAAGGAGAAAGUGCAGAGGAUGAACAAGCAAAAGGUAGAGCAGUACGAGGACUUACGGCGCAGGGAGAUCCUCCUGUCUAUAGAGAAAAAGCUGGAGAGGAGCGAGCAGAUCUUCAAGGAGAAGAAGACUGUAAUAGAAAAUGCCAGGUCCGUCGCUCGGGCGUCCUUCCAUGUCCGGGAAAAGGUACGGGAGGAGACAAAUGUGCGCACUUUUGACAAGAUGGUGUUGGAAGCAGAACUGCAUGCCCACCUGAGUAAGAAAUGAAAGGUCUUGUCAUGGACGAGUGGGGAUACAUCACCGGUUGUCCAUCAUAAUGCCUCAGAAAGCUCCUCCGCAUUAACAUUUAAUAUUUAAAAAAAAAGCAGUCAAAACCCACCCUAAUUUCUUAUUUUGGGGGAGCAGGUACCGCACAAAAAUGUGGCAGCUAUUUCACAUACUUUUUAAAAUAUGUUUUUGUUCUGCGUGUGUUUUAAGGACUGACCUCAGUCAUCUUUACAGAGGGGAAGUGAGUCUUUCUGUCCUCCACCCCACGAGCACACACAUUUUAUCCAAGAGGGCUGCAGAAGAAGUCUGCUUGAAGCCUGUGAGUUACUGAUUGAGUGUCUACACCAGAGCUGACUACAGCUGCACUCUUUUCCAUUGGAAAUGCAAACAACAAAAGACUACUGAAUACUAGAGCCCACUGAAUAAGAACCAAAACCACCCCAUUCUGGCUUGAGUGACAGGCAGUUUGGUUUAAGUUGCGGGGCUGCAUAUUCAAAGCCACUGCACUCCUGUGCCGAAGGUGAGGAGGGCUGGAGUGCAGAAUGCCACCCAACCCUGGAUGUUCCCUUGCCUGCUGCUCAUACCAAGUGAAAGAAAGCACAGAUUAAGACUUACGCUUAACACCGUGUAAGUAGACAUUAUGAUCAGAGCUGGGCAGAAGCUGUUAGAUGUGUUCACAAACACAAUUACACUUUUGCUAUUGGCAAUUGUUGCUCCUGCCCGGUAUUCUCACCUCUCCUUCCCCUUUCCAAGUUUCUCUUUAUAAGUAUUUGUACAAUUUCUUCUUUUCUUUCAGAAGUAGGAGGAAGAGGAGAGAAGUUUUUGGGCAAUCCACAAACUGAUGGGCACUCCUACAACCCACUUGUUCAUUAGGUUAUAAAAGUAAAUGAACCUGUGGAAGAUGGCCUUUGUGGCAGAUGUGCAGGUCCAUUUGUAAAUGGAAAUCUGCAAACAGAUUGCAUAGAGAAAUUGCCACCCUUUGGAAUUCUCAAAACUUGAGGAAACCCUCAACAACCUUAUCCAAUUUGGCCUGCCUUGAGCAGGAGGUUGGAUGAGGUGUCCUCCAGAGGUCCCCUCCAACCUAGUAAUUCUGUGAGUUGCUUACAAUGAGACGUUCACCCAGCUUUUAUCAUCGUCUACUGAGCAGGGCAACGUUUGUCUGUCCACUGGUGCUAACAGCUGUAUUAUAUAGGGUACAAGAAAGAGUAAAUGCACAAAAUAAGGUAGAUUACAGAUUCUCGCAGAUGAGGAUCAUGGCUUUUUUAUACUAUUUAGAGGGAACUGAGUCCUUCUGCCAUUAACGCACUGGGGAAAAAGCCUACGAACUCCCCAUGCACAGCAUUCCA